AUGCCAUGUAAAACCGCAUGCCAUAAAGAUAGCCUAUCAAGAUUUUCAUCAUGUCGAGCCGGUCUCGCUAAGCAUUCGUUAGCUGUCGACGAGCAUGGAUUAGCUGCCUUUAGCUACAGUGAAAAAGGUUCAAGAAUACAAGGAAAGUCGAGUAUUGUGUUUGUACAUGGAGUUUCAUCAAAUAAAGACACGUGGAUACCUAUAAUCAAGUAUAUCCCAAAUCAUUAUCAUUGUAUCACUAUUGAUUUACCUGGUCAUGGAGAAACGGUGGGUUUAAAUGAGGAUCGCUAUUCAAUUGAUAAGUUUGUCGAAAAACUUAAAUUAUUUCUUGACAAAAUGCAUUUGACUGAAAAUAUUUGUAUUAUUGGUGCAUCGAUGGGUGGUGUCAUCGUUUCAAUGUUUGCUGUCAAAUAUCCUGAAUAUGUUAGUAUGAUGUGUUUGUUAGCUCCACCUGCCAAUGAACAGUAUGAAACGGAUUUAAUCCGAAAAAUAAAAUCGGGUGAUUCUACUGCACUGAUUCCAGAAACUCCUGAACAACUGCGUGAUAUGAUCAAUGAGCUGACAGUAAAACAGGUGAAUAUGCCUGGCUUUUUUAUAAAUGGUUUUCUUGAUUUAAGAUUGCGACGCUUGAAUGAACAUAAAAAAGUACUCAACUCUCUUAUCGAAGAUGAAAAAAUGUUCACCACAGAAAGACAUCUACAACUGAAACAUGCACACUGCCCAACAUUAGUUCUAUGGGGUCGUCAAGAUAAGGUGUACAUCGCUGCUGGGGCAGACUACUUUUGUAAAUUGCUUCCUAAUGCAAAAUCAAUUAUACUGGACGAAUGCGGACAUUUUAUGGCUAUCGAUAAACCUCAAGAAGUAGCAGAAUGUAUUGUAACCUUUUAUGAUGAAAAUUUUCAGAGAAAAUAA